GCCGGCUAGCUAUAAGAACACAUCCUGAGCUGCAUGGGUGAUCUCGAGAACAGGAUCGGAUCAGCCCAAAAUGGCGACGACGAUGCACGGACACAGCGCGCCCAGGCUCUUCGGCAGGGAGAGGACGCUCCACGCGGCGCUGGGUGGCCGGAGAGCGGCGGACAUCAUCCUGUGGAGGGACAAGAGGGCGUCGGCGGCCAUCCUCGCCGCCGCGACGGCGGCGUGGGGUCUGUUCGAGGUGGCGGAGUUCCAUUUCCUGACGCUGGUCUGCUACGCGGCCAUGAUCGGCAUGCUCGUCUUCUUCAUCUGGAGCAACGCCUCUUCGUUCUUCAACCUGCCGGUCCCUCGAGUGCCUGACCCCGAGACACUCCUGUCAGAGAGAGCGACCAGGCAAGCGAUCCAAGGCGCGCACAGAAGGCUGUCCAGGUUGGUCGAGACGCUCUACGACAUCGCCUGCGGCAAGGACAUCAAAAUGUUCAUCCUGACGGUGUUCUCGCUGUACAUCGCGUCGGUGAUCGCCGACUGCUUCAGCUCCCUGACGCUCCUCUACCUCGUGGUGUUGGGCGCGAUGACGCUGCCUGCGCUGUACGAGCGGUACGACAGCGAGGUGGACCACCUGGUGGCGCGAGGCGUGCACGACCUGCGGACCCACUUCGCCGACAUGGAUUCAGGCGUUCUCAGGAAGAUCCCGAGGGGGGCAGGCGCUGCAGCCAAGUGAGAUGAGAUCGACCAGCAGGAAAGACAGGAAGGCCACCACCCACCACUGAAUACACGGCGUCGUCUGAUGAUGCAUACUACUCGUGCAACUGAAAACUGAAUCAGAACACAUGCACACACUGAUCCUCAAGACCUCCCCAAAGGAAAUGGAUGCUUGCUGAAAGAGAGAGAGAGGCAAUCAAUAUAUUGUAUUGAUCAUCUCGUGUGAGCUUUAUACAUGUACAACAGUAGCAUGCAUGGCAAACGGAUGCGUGCGAUAUACUAGCCUAAAAUUCAGGUGCUAGAUCUAACACCCCGAUGGAAUCGGUAAACCUAGUUUAUCCUAUAGUACCAACACUUGCUACCAAUAGGAUUGCAAAAGCACGGCUCGUCUGUGUUCAAUGUAAAAGCUGCAUGCAGGGAAGACGAGAACAUGACCUGUGAUGCCGUGUUGUACAGUACAUGCUACCGGCUAAUGGUGAUGGGUAUUGCUCCGUUCAGUUCA